AAGCGGGGGAGGCGCCGCUCUGGCCGGCCAUCGGUGGUGGAGGCGGGCGGCGGGGGCCGCUCUGGCCGACGGACUCGCUGGUGCGGAGUCCCGGAAGCGGCGUUCCCCGGAAUGGCGGAGAGUCCGGCGGCCGAGGAGGCCCCGGCCCCGGCCGCGGUGCUGGCGGCCCCGGGCAGCGGCUCGGCCAGCCCGCCGUCCGGCGGCACGGCCAGCCCCGGCGUCUUCAUCCCGGCCGAGCUGUGGGCGGCGGCGGGUUUCGGCGCUGCGACACCGAGCGGCGGCGGCGGCGGCGGCGGCGGCGGCCCGGGGAGCGGCGGGGCCCCCAUCGCGGCGGCGGCGGCGGCCGCGGGGGCCGCGCUCCUCACGCAUUCGGCCUUCUGGGACCCCACGGUCAGCGGCGACUGGGACAGCGAGCGGCCCAGCGCGGCCUGUCUGCUGCGGAUCAAGCGGGAUAUCAUGUCCAUUUACAAGGAACCACCCCCAGGAAUGUUCGUUGUGCCUGAUCCCCACGACAUGACCAAGAUUCAUGCAUUGAUCACAGGCCCAUUUGACACGCCUUAUGAAGGGGGUUUCUUCUUGUUCCUGUUUCGCUGUCCUCCAGAUUAUCCCAUCCACCCUCCGCGGGUCAAACUGAUGACAACAGGAAAUAACACAGUGAGGUUUAACCCCAACUUCUACCGCAAUGGGAAAGUCUGCCUGAGUAUUCUGGGCACCUGGACCGGGCCUGCGUGGAGCCCCGCACAGAGCAUCUCCUCAGUCCUCAUCUCCAUCCAGUCUCUGAUGACCGAGAACCCGUAUCACAACGAGCCGGGCUUUGAGCAGGAGAGGCACCCCGGGGACAGCAAGAACUACAACGAGUGCAUUCGGCACGAGACCAUCCGCGUAGCGGUGUGCGACAUGCUGGAAGGGAAGUGUCCCUGUCCCGAGCCGUUACGGGGCGUCAUGGAGAAAUCCUUCAUGGAAUACUACGACUUCUACGAAGGAGUGUGUAAAGAGAGACUUUAUCUCCAAGGACAGACAAUGCAGGAUCCCUUUGGUGAAAAACGAGGCCACUUUGACUAUCUGUCCCUACUGGUGCGUUUGCAAGGAAUCCGGCAGAAGGUGCAAGAGAAACACCAGCAGGAGACGACAGAAAUAGACUCUGAGAGCAGCUCCUCCGAGACAGAGACGGACACGCAAGGUUGCUCCAAAGCCUAGAGCUGCGCUGCCCGCGGGAUGUUCUGUCUUCACCCUCUCACGCACCCCGGACAGACUCAACCCAACCAGGGCCAGGGCGGAGAGAACUGCGGGAUGUUCUGUCUCCUCGUGCUGCUCUGGUGGAUAACGCUGAGCGAGACUUCACGCGAGACAAAGCCGAGCUUGUGGCAGGCUACCCUUCAAAGGUACUGACUACCCUAGAAAGCCGGAGCAUGUGGCAUCAGGUUAUUUUUUUGGGAAACGCCUACACUGGUUGGUUUUUUUUCUUCUUUUUUUUCUCCCCUCCAUUUGAUUAAAGAAUGAGAUCUCGACUGCAAAUCCUCUUGACAGCUUUUCUGUUGCUAGACAGCGAGCCCUUCCCUGGGGCCGCGCGAGGAGCUGCGGGAGCCCACGAUGAGCCCAGCCUGUGACGGGGCCCACGCGGAGCCGUUUUGUGCGGGUGGGGAGAGCCGGGGCCUCGCUGCUCCGGGGAGCCCACCCAGCCCAUGUCGUUCAUCUAGACGCUGUUCUAGACAGACCAAAGAUCAGGAGCAGUGCUGGAGUCUGGGCUCCUCUCCUAAAGCUUUCCUGGAGCCUUUGUCCACUGAGACUCCAGGUGCAAAAUAGUGCAUGAAAAGUGGAAACUGCAAGAAUCGCUGAAUGCAGUGCAGGUGUGUUUGUCCUGGCCUUGUGGGGAAAGGAGGGCGAGCAAAUCAUUGGUCACAGAUGGGGGAGCACUUAAAAAUAAGUCUAGUUUAAGUAUUAUUUUUUUAAGGUGUUGAUCUGAGUUUAGCAUUCUGGAAAGGUUUUGUUCUGGCUGCUCUGAACGGAGCUGUUUUGUUGCCUCCACUGAAGCGCUCAUUGCUCGCCACCUGGGCAGUGGAGUAUUUGACGUUCCUCCCUCCUGCCGCCCUGAGCCACCAGAAUGAAGCGCUAGAACAGGGGCGAUUCUAGUGAAGGAAGCCAGUUUGUGGGUGCAGUUCUGCGGAGCCGUGCGCCUCGGUACCCACCAAUUCCUUUGCCAAACUUGGCCGAGUGAAACGUUUAACAGCCGAGCGCUUUGACCGAUUCACGCAGCAGCUUUUUGCGGGGAGCGAAGAGGCGGCUGCGGGUGCCGCUGCACCCAGGACAUGUUCGGUGUCACCCGGGUGGAGGCGAAACACCCGGUUUCCCCGUGUAAAGGAGCCUGGUGAUGACUCAUUGGAGCAGCAGAAUGUUUGUUGAUAAAGAGCUUAAUCUAUAUAUUUUUUUUCAGUUAUUUUUAUGGGAGCUUCAAUAGCGAGCUAAGCACAGAGUUGCACAUUGUCCCGGGCCCUCUCCCAGUUUCUGUGACACCUUCCCACCAGCUCGGCCCCGUUUCAGACUUUCAAUGGCGGGAGAAUUCCCAACGCGGUCACCUUGGUUCUGAAAACAGUGAAAACGGCUGAAAACAGCCGAAAGCCCCGCCGUGCGCGGGACAGGACGGUGACCCCCCCGCGGCACCGAAGGACCUUCAGCCUCUGAGAUUCCCACUUGUCUCGCAGAACCCCGGAGCCUGCGCUGCCGCGGCCACGGCGCUGGAACCUGCAGACGUUUCUGAAUUGUGAAGGUGCCACUUAACAACUUGGGAACCUUUCUUCCCUUUAGUGAGCAAACACCCGUGGGUCUGUCAUUGGCUUUAAACUCUGUCUUCCCUCAAGGGAAAGCUGAACUUACGUAGGACUCACUCAACAUCUAUACACCAGAUGAGAGGGAAUAAAGCGGGUUUCACCCUGACGCGAGGUCUGGGGGUUGCAGCGGGGUCUCCCGAGAAGCCAUGAACUGUGUGCUGUGUCACCGCCUCUCUAAUCCCAUUGUAAAUGUCACAUUUGUCACCGUUCAGUAGCGUUGCGGGUGGAGCUGUGACUCCGCUGCCUUCAGGUGGAGCUGGUUCUGAAAUCUGUCUGUGAUGCAUGUGGCGUUACCACCCACCGACCCGACGGAACAAGAAAAUGCCUUAUUGUGGACACUAUUCACAUAACGCGCAUGUGGCUGUAAAGGAAUUAGUUUUCUAGCUCUAGUGUCGUCUGUCCUGCCAUUUCCAAAUGUUUCCAUUUCAAAGUGACAAUCGUCCAAUGACUGCUCUAGGCAGAGAUGUUUUAGCAACAGAUUUUUAGACCUAAUUGAGUUGAAAAUAUAUGCACAAGAGUCACUCUAAGAUACCUUGUUUAUAUACUAUUGUACAUAAGAUCUUUUCUUUUUUUUUUUUUGUGCAAUAAAGUUUGUUUUGGCA